GACAUGUGCAUCCCAGAACUGUCUCCGCAAUCUCCAUACACCUGCACAUACCCAGCAUUGUAGUAACCCUUUCUCCUCCCUCAAAACUCUAAUUCCACGAAACAAUGGCAUCAACAACCUUCGCACUCGCACCCUCUGCUCAAAGCUUCCAGCGGCCGCCUAUGGCAUCCUAGCACUCCUGCACACGAUGAAAGGCCUUGACCAGUUCAAACAUCCAACCAUGCGUACCCUACCAAUUGUGCUGCGCGGCGCUAGCAAGAUAGGAUGGUACGAGGGGAGUGGGUUUUUUGUGAUUAUGAGUAUUCUGAAUUACAAGUGGGCGCAGACUGGCAUCUAUGAUGUGUAUGAUAAGGGUAUUGCGGGUAUCCUGGUUGGUAUGAUGGCUGCUGCGGGCGGAGCUUACUGGAGGAGUAAUGAUAAGCCUACGGCUAUGGUUUUGGGCUUUGUUGCCAUUCUACAGGCGCUUGGUGUGAGGAAUGGGUGGUACGAUCGCUUUGCUUAGGGUUGAGGCACUGUACUGGCAUUAUGUGAUAUGUUGCGCGUAUACUUGUAUGAACCAACUGAUCACUUUCACAUGAAAA